GUUUGAGCGCGUUCUCUCUCACCGCGCAUGCUCCUAUUCGAUACUCACGCUCGUUUUAAGCAAAGGUGCACAAGGGUAUAACGGAGCCUCCUUCACCAUUGACUUGGCCAUACCGUGAGGUGUCUAAUGACCUCCUGGUCAGAUCUGUCCACGUGAGAAGUGAUUCCUAGAAGAGAAGAAGAGAGGAGACACUUGGUGGUUAGGGAAGAGUUUAACACGGAGCACAGCCUCAGCCAAAACUGACAACAUGGACAUAAGGCUGGCACACAUUAAACAGGAGGACUGUGAGUGGGGUGCACCAGAGGAUUUGUGUGUAAAGGUGGAAGAUUGUGAUUCAGAGGGUGAAGCCAAGAGAAAACACUUUGUGGUUAAAGUGGAGGAUUCCAAGGAUUUCUCAGUAAGUCUUGAAUUGCAAAAGUGUGAAACCGAGAAUGCUUGGAAGCAAGAUGUUUCUGAAGAGUCACCUCCGGGCUUACAGUCCUGGUUAACCGAUAUGGGACAACUGGCUAACCAGGAGAAUUCUACAGGAGUGAAAUCUGAGUUAUUGGAGUUUAAAGAGGAAAUGAGAGAAGGAGAAGAGCAGCAGCCGCCGUCCAGCAGCGUGGGAAUGAGUUUCCAGGACCAUGCCAGCUUUUCCACAUCUUCGUUUGCUCAAACGUCUCAUCAGUGUAGACUGCAGCAGAAACAAGUCAAAGAAAAGAUGAAGGAAUCAACAAGAGGAUCCAAUAAUGUGACCUCGGUCUCCUUUCAGCGCAAUUCCCCUUCUGCUGGUCAGCCAACUCAGUCGGGAGCCGUCAUCACAGACCAGUUCCGCACUGGAAGAAAACAUCAUCACUGCUUGGAAUGCGGCAAACAGUUUUCACACAACAGUAGUCUUUAUAAGCAUAUGAAAAUCCAUGCUGGCGAGAAGCCUCAUUGCUGCUCCGAAUGUGGAAAGCGUUUCUUAGAGAGAAAUUACCUUAAUGUCCACAUGACUGUUCAUACCGGAGAGAAACCCCACUGCUGUCCAGAGUGUGGUAAACGAUUCUCUCAAAUUCGCAGUCUUCAGAUCCACACCAGAAUCCACACUGGAGAAAAGCCGUAUUCCUGUCCAGAAUGUGGCAAACGAUUCUAUGACAGUAGUAGUUUACAGAAGCACACGCGGAUUCAUACGGGAGAGAAGCCGUACUGCUGCUUCGAAUGCGGAAAGAGGCUUUCCAACAGCAGCAAUUUCCGGAGCCAUGUAAGAAUUCAUACUGGAGAGAAGCCAUACACCUGUUCUCAAUGCGGAAAAAGGUUUUCUUCCAGUGGAGGUUUCCGGAAGCACAGACAAAUUCAUACUGGAGAAAAGCCUCCACAAAAUGUGGCAAACGACGUCCCCACAAUAGCAGAAAAAGUGAAGAAAAAUCUUUUGUGUGAGGUAAAGGGUUCUCAUUUAAAGUAGUUCACAAGAACAUAAGAAUUCCUAGUGGAGAAAAGACUCCUGGUAUUAAAUUUGGAAAAUGGUCCUAAAACAGAAGACACAUUUAGAGUCAUAUUAGAAAUCAGUGUUGCUUGGAAUACUGUAAAUGACUAUGAAGAUAGCAGGAGUCUUCAUAAUCCUGAAAAAGAAAGCAGAAGCCAUCAACACUGACCAGUAAAAUGUGUAGAUACACAUCUCCAAAGAGAUAAUACUUUAUUAUUGUUUGAAGUGUGGCAAACGAUUUUCACACAAUAGUAGGCUUUUUACUCUCACCUGUGAGAAAUCCCAUUGUGGUCCUCAAUGUGGUAAGCAGUUCUCAGACAGCAGUAGCAUUCAUACUUUCUGUAACCCUUAUAAAUGUUCUGAAUGUGACAAGAUAUUCUCCUGCAUCAGCAACCUCACAUAAAGAGGUCUCCAUCUCUAUCACCCCUACACAAAUCACAACAGGAGGCUUCAUUAGGAACCAUGCAGGGGCUACACUGAGCCCCUCACUACAGACUUACAGGAAUGACAUCUACAUCAGAGCAACAUCCCAUCAAGGCAUGGGGCAGCAAGCACGCCACACCUUUAGGACAAAGGAUGACCUCUGAGAAUCUGUACUGGUGUUGUGACUGUGGCAAGCGAUUCCCACAAAUCAGCAGUUUCCAGAGGCAAGAAGUCACAAUCUGAUACAGCAUAAAGGACAAGUGGCUGCUUCAAUAUUGGUAGCACUUGUGUGUCAGCCAUACAGUUGACCCAGCACCAGUGCUGUGACACAAGAUGGUGAACAGAACCAACACCAGGAAGAAGAAUGAGCUGGCAACACAACUGUACUAGGAGAGCAAAGAACACCACAGAAAAAGCUCACUGCGAUAAUGAAACAAUACAAAUGUCCAGUAAGAUCAAAAUCACGAUGUUGUGCAAACCAACAAGAAGUGCUGUUGACAACUAGAACAAG